AUCCGGCAAUUUGGUAGCAAAAUAUAAUAUUAACGCAAAAAAAUAGUAGAGGCCUUAGAUGUACGAUUAUAGUUUUUUGGUUGGAGCCUUCAUGCAUUAUUUGAGGGUCGAACGCUAGUUUUUAAUUCGCCACCCGUGUUUUAUUAUGGCGUAUCAAUUGUACGAAAACACAGACAUUUUAUUGUUAAAUGAGAACUCCCCAAAUUCAAAAAGUUCCUGGAACAUCACGUCCGACAACAGCAUGGAGGCAAACGACGAGAUCUUUGGUUGGAACACGCUGAAAAUAGACGAAGAGAAGUACUUCAACGAUCGGACGUCACGUAAACGCAAGCUCACGGACGAGGAGGAACACAAAAUUAAAUCCACCAGCUACAAAAUUAAUAAAGACCCUUUAUCCCUCGACGAAAAACCGAACCACAUGACGAAGAAGGCUUUAUUACAGAAGGGUACCACGAGGACGGCCCAUUGGCCAGUUGACGAAUACAACGAACUAAAUGGAGACAUCGACAGUCCCCUCAGCCUCGGAUCGGAGCUGGCCAACAACUCCUAUAGCGACGCCAUUCUCCAGAUCAACAGCAUGACGGUGUUCAAGCAGGAGGCGCCGUCGCCCGGGUCCACCAACGAGAUCACCAAUCUGCAAACGGUCCGCGAGAAUCGUCAAAGUCCCACGUCGACGCAACACCACCAGCCGCAGCAGAACCAACAGAACGGCACCAUGGUAGCAGCCACCGGUUGUGGCGGUAUGGAUGACAACAACAGCCAGACCAUGUUCAACAACACCAUCAACCAGCUGCUCAGUCAAAGUGGAUUAGUCAACUUACAGAAUGUGAUGGACGGUAAUAAUUUAUCCUCGCCAACGUCCCAGGACAACUACAACGUCUCGUCCACCAACUACAGUUUAAUCGAAGACUACAGGUUUCAAUAUGUACUCGCCGCUGCAACGAGCAUCGCGACAAAGCAAAACGAAGAUACUUUAACGUACCUUAAUCAGGGCCAGAGUUACGAGAUAAAAGUGAAAAAGCUUGGCGACCUUUCUAUGUACAGAGGAAAAAUUCUGAGGUCGGUGAUACGCAUAUGCUUCCACGAACGUAGGCUACAAUAUAUGGAGAAGGAACAGAUGACGCUGUGGCAAAAAGCCCGACCUGGAGACAGGAUUUUGGAGGUAGACGUACCUCUUUCGUACGGAGCUUUCGACAUCGUGCAACCUUCAAAUGCUCUGAAUAUAAUCCACUUCUCUUGGGAUCCCACUAAGGAGGUCGGAGUGUACAUUAAAGUAAACUGCAUCAGCACAGAAUUCACGCCAAAGAAGCACGGAGGAGAGAAAGGUGUGCCGUUCCGUAUUCAGGUCGAAACAUAUCAAAGCAUGGACUGUUUGGAAAGUUCGAAGCGGCUACAUGCGGCAGCUUGUCAAAUCAAGGUGUUCAAGCUGAAGGGCGCGGAUAGAAAGCACAAACAAGAUCGCGAAAAGAUACUCAAACGGCCGGUAUCUGAACAGGAAAAGUAUCAGCCGAGCUACGAUUGUACCGUUCUAAAUGAUAUACCAGAUGAGGCAGUCUUAACUUCCGCACCCAUCGCUCCCAUUGCCACCUCCAAAAGUGUUCCUCCAGAUGCAAAUUUGGCCCCAAACAGAAUCGUUCCGAAAAUCGACAAUGCCAUCGCCCAACAGGCUUCGAUUCCCUCUCCGUUGGAAAUGGACAUCUGCGUACCGGAGAAAAAAGUCGAAUUCGAAAAGAUCAACGAACAACUAACGCCGUCCUCGUCGACGGAUCAGACCAUCGCGUGGCUGACUAGAAACCGUUUCGAAAAGUAUUUGCAAACGUUCUGCAGUUUCUGUGGAACCGACAUGCUUCGUAUGUCAAGGGAAGACCUGAUACAGAUUUGCGGACAUGCCGAUGGUAUAAGACUCUACAAUUCGUUGCAUAUGGAAUCUAUCGCGCCAAAAUUGAAGAUAUACGUCUGUCGCGAAAAAUCUUCAGUCUUCAACGCCGUGUUCCUCACCUCGUACAACAAUGUGGAACUGGUCCAAAAGCUCUCGGCAAUUUAUGGUCUGGCCCCGGACCAGAUCAAAGAUAUUUAUAUCGAGGGUCCAAAGGCCAUCCACAUUCACUUGAGCAACGACGUGCUCAGCCAUUUAGAAGAAGAGACGAUGUUCAUGCUGGAGGUGAUACAAGAAAGUGACAGUUGUAUUCUUCUGCUUAAGCGCAUUCGCCAAUAAUACAGAUAUUUAUAUACAUAUAUUUUUUAGUGAUGACAGUUUGUACUAUUUUAAAGUAAAGUGUUCUUUAAAUAAUGUGUAAACUUGUGUCUUAUGGAGCCUUGUAUUUUUAUAUAAAUGGUUUACGAAGUUCUAAAUAUGUAUAUUUUAAAUAUAUUUUGUUACAAGAUAUUUAUAUCAAUGAAAUCUAGUAAGUAGAUGCGUGAGUUACGGGGAGUUUUUAACUAGCAAACACUAAAGAGUUUCACUUUUAAUUCUUUUGCGAAUUAAAGGUGAAGCAGUUUUCGUAUGUAAUACAUCGUACGCACCGGAAGGGUCGAUAUUUCCUAAUGCCUCCAUCAGAAUUUUCUUAGGCUGUGGGAAACAAAGACCUUUUGCAGUACAGUUAUUUAUAAGUAAACACAAUUAUUAUUUUAUUAAUAAGUAAAUGUUGACGCAACAGAAGCUAGAGAAAAAUACGUACUAAUAAGUGAUAUUUUUAUCAACGCAACAAAAAAACGCGUUGACCUACACAUGAUAUUUUAACAAUUAAUUAUCGAAUGUUUACAAUAUAGUAUUAUAAAUUUUAAUAAAUUUUAGUAUAUAUUUUAUGCUUAGAACAAUAAGUUUGUAUAUUUUUUAGAUGAAUUUAAGGGUGCAUAAAUAUGUUUAUCUCUUGUAUCACCAUAUACAUGUAUAAUUACCUGCGAUUAUGAAAAGCUGCAUAGUUUAGAAUAUUGUUUACAAUUACCUCAUAUAUGUUUAUUAAGCUUUGUCAAUAAUGUUAGGUAUGUAGAGUUUAGUAGAGCGUGCAAGUCCAAAAUUAUUUUUAAAUAUGAAACUUGCCAUUUCGUUGAUAGUAAUUCUCAUUUGGCACGUCGCUUUUAAGUUGCAGCUAUAAACGCUAUUAUGCUUUAAGUAAAUAACAGCAAUGUAAUGUGCAAUGCAUUAGAAUUAAUUAACUUUACUUAAAAUGUACUGAUUUAGAAAAUUGUUUUCUUUAAAUAGGUGUUUUAGUUAAUUUUUGUCUUUAUUUAGACACUUUAUUUUUUAUUGAAUUGAAACCCAGGUUAAAUAAUUACUAUCCCAUAAAUUUAUAGAAACACAUAUUUAAAAAACUAUAUUUCCCAAGUCAAUGUAUGUAUAGAUUAUGUUAAAGUUAUAUUACAGAUCAUUAAUUUUGUUUUAAAAAUACUAUAUGCAUUUCUGUGUUAUAAGCUAAAGUACAAAUAAUUUCAGUAAUGAAUUGGUUAGUCAAGAAUUUUUUUUGAAAAAAUCAUCGAAUUGUUUUAACUUUCUUGACGGUCUAAUUCAAUUAUUAGAACUAUCAGGAAUCUUAGUUAUAUGUUUAUUAUUGUUUAUUGAAUUUAGAUAUAAUAAAUUGUUGCAUGUUGAACAUAUCAUAUUAUAAGCGAUAGUUAAUGUUAUAUUAUUGGUAUUACUAAAUGUAAUUUAGAAUACUAACCCAAAUGAUCAGGUACAAAUAGUUUUAUGAUUUUAUGUGAAUGGUUUCUAGGAAGCCAUUUUUGUGCCUUUAUAAUACAUUAAAUGUGCCAUAUUAACAAUAUAUAUACAUAUAUAUA